AUGCGGGGAGAGCUGUUUGUAAAAAUUCGCGCCGCAUUCGGAAAACAAGCCGAUUUGGGGGCGAAAGUGCCAUUUAUCGCGAUCGAGUCAGCCUGCGACUGUCUGGGAGUCAGCAAAGAGUGUGAUUACUUCGGGCUGAAGUAUCAAAAUGCGAAGGGCGAGGAACUCUGGCUGAACCUGAGGAACCCCAUAGAGCGGCAGACCGGUGGUGGCGUGGCGCCUCUAAGAUUCGCUCUGAGGGUUAAAUUUUGGGUGCCGCCUCACCUGUUGCUGCAAGAGGCUACCAGGCACCAAUUCUACCUGCACUCGCGCCUCGAGCUGGUCGAGAAUAGAUUGAAGGUAGCGGACUGGGGCUCCGUGGCCCGUCUGGUCGCCCUGAUAGCGCAAGCCGACGGUGGUGAUUACGAUGCGCUGUCACCUCCGCACGCGCUUUACUCCCAAUGCUGUCACAUACAACCCGCGGAGCCGUGCGAGCCGAAACCGCAAGACUUCCUGCUCCGGAUAGUGCAGCAACACAAGGAAAUCAAGGGGAUGAAAGCGUCGACCGCUGAAUAUUGGCUCUUGAAAGAGAUAUCAAACCUCGAUGCAUUCGGGCAGGAAAUGUUUCACAGUAAAUUUGGAUACAACGGAGUGUCUAUGAUCGGCGUGGGUCCGCACGGAAUCACCGUCUAUCGCAAUCAGGACGAAGAGACACAAAACAUACCGUAUACAGCUAUACAAAGCGCUACGUCACAACGGCGGAUGUUCCACCUGGUUUACCUCUCACUCGACGGCGAGGAGACGUCGUUGGACUUUAAAUUAGACUCGAGCCAGUCCGCCAGCGGGCUUUACAGAGCAAUCACCGAGAAACACGCGUUCUACAGCUGCGAAACUGUUAGAAGCGCCGUCACCGCGCAAUUCAUCCGCGAUUUAAAGGGGACAAUAAUUUCCAUUUUCAACGAGGACUCGACCCUGGGUAAAAAAUAUGUGUUCGACAUACGUAGGACCUGCCGGGAGGUAUAUGACAAUGCGCGACGUGCGCUUUAUUGCGAGGCGGCGACCAUAGCCCUGCCGGAGGAGGACGAGAUUCUCGAGAGGCAUGCCUGCGGGGAGUGCGAGAAUCCUAAGUGCAAGGAAUCUCGGGAAUGCCUGGCGAGAUUGCUGGACGCUAUGCUCUGCCGAAUCUGCAUGGACCGGAGCCUGGAUACGGCUCUAUUUCCCUGCGGACACGCGGUGGCCUGUUUGGACUGCGCCCGUCGUUGCGAGCGUUGCCCGUUGUGUCGGGCCGACAUCGAUUACUGCCGGACGAUAUAUCUCCCACUCGAGCUGACACACAUCGACAAGCACAACCCGAAGCUGCUAUCGGAGACGAUCGAGCCCGUGUUUAGCAAGCCGCUGACGGAGGAGAUAAAAGACAAAAAAAUUUUGGACAGCGAGGCGUCGGUGAACAAUAACAUUUGAGAGCGGCGGGUCAGACUCGGCGCGUUCGAAAGAUUCUUCAGAAUCGUCACUUGUCGUGCGGGAAGGGCAUAUUGAGACGUGGAGCACUUUUCUAUUUACCCAUCGAGCGACCGACCGAGUCUUUUUUCGACGUUUGUUGGACCGCACGUCGCGGCGACGCUCGUUGGGUUUCAAUUUUUAAAACUUUUAUCUCGCGCGAUUUUUCAAACUUUUAUCUCAGUCACGUUUAACUGCAUGUCUUAUUCAAUAUUAUUUCGAUGUUUUUCUGCUGUCAUCCUUAUCUGUUUAAUUUAUAAGAAAAACGAUACCUUUAUACGUAAGAUUAUAAAUAUCCUUUUUACAGAUGAUUUUGUUACCGAGAGAAUGAUUCAACACACUUACUCCGACAAUGUUAUUGAUAUUAUUCCUUAAUUUUGAAAUUAUGUGGAACAUUGUUAGAUAUAGAAUCGCGUUCUUAACAUUUUAAUAUAGAUGAAACUAUUAAGGCAGAUUUUUCUUGGUUCUUUGACCAAAGAAAUAUAUUUCUCGGGAAUAGUUACGCUGAUUUUUUUUUUUUUAAUAGUUAACAAACAGGGUGUGAAAAUACAGAAAUUGAGAAAUGAUUUUGAUGGUACUGUGAUUAAAAAUGAUAUUGUUGAGAAGGCACAGGUUUGUGAAUGCUUGAAAUACGAGGUUUGCAUAGAUAUAUCCAACGAGGAAAUCAUGGUCGUUGUGUCUACAUAUUCGUAAUGGUGUUACAAAUAGUCCCUUUAAUCAAGCAGCCGAAAAGUGCUAUUAGCAGCAGUGGAUCUAAUGAGAAACAGCGCUGCCAAUGUGUGUGAACAAAUAUAAUCUAUAUUAUACAAGAGCGAAAAGCACUCGGUGUGAAUUUUUAUUUUUAACUGAUGAUUGGACCAAUUUUUUCUUUGUUAUUUCAUAAUCUUUCUCAAUUAUUCUAUGUUCCUCUUAGAAAUAGAUACGCUUUUUUUUAUCAUAUGUUUACUCUGAUCUAGGUUCGCAGGUUAUACGAACACAUCGGGUCGAGACUUUUAUCGAAAUUAGUAACCCAACAUAUUUUUACUACAAUAUUCAUUAUCCAUUAUACAUAUGCGGUAUAAUUUACAAAACAACUGCUACAAUAUAGCUGCUUCUAACGGAUGUUUCGAUAAAAUGAAAUUCAAAUCGUAUCAAUAAAUUUAUAUUAAUUGCAACGUUUACAUGCAGCUUAUGAGGGACUUAGAAUAUUAUGUAUUCCAUUGUCACUUUAAUUAAACAAUAGAUCGUAGAAAUAAAAGCAACAUAAUAUGGACAUUACAUUUAGAUAUAUAUUGUGGAUCUAUUUUUAUCACACGUAACGAACAAGUAGAAUUAAAUAUGUAAUCAUUACAAAAUUAGCCAAAAAUGACUCCUCACGAGUUAUAUAUCUUACCCCCUUUUUUUUAUUGAAGCAUCCUAUGUGAAGAGAAAACUUUAUUACUAUAAUAUCUGUUUAUAUGUAUAUAAGAAAUGAGAUAACCCGCGCAGCAGUAGGGUCAAGUGAGUAAAAGUCAUGAGUUCACCAAAUGUCAAAUCUGUUUUAAUAUACUACGCGCGUACGUCAUUCUUCGAAUAAGUCAUAAUAAAAGCGAAAUGAGUUAAUUGCCUGGGCUUUGCACCUAAAAGAUAAAAGCGUAGCGUAAAAAGUCAAUGGCAUCUCAUCUUUCUAAGGAAACACGAGGAAAGGCUAUUACUGAAUAAAAAUAGCACGCAGUCUCGUUUAAAUCGUGCAUCUUAAUUAAAAAUUCGAUGCGUUACUCUUCCUUCUCGUUUCCAAUUGGUGAGAAUAGUCCGACAUUAGUGAAACGUGAGAAAAUAGCCUCUAAAUUAUUUCUAAUCCAUGAAACGUUCCAUAAACUUUAUAUGAGUGACGAGAGCGAUGGAAAGUAAAAGAGAAGGAAUGAAAAAAAUAAUAAUCGUUAUAGUCAUUUAUCAAUGCAAAGCAGAUUUAGUUUGUGAUUAUUUAUAAUAAUAGAUAAUAAUGUAUAUUUAUACGCACUGUUAUAUUUAAGGCCUUUUAAGAGAUUCCUCUUCAGUCACAAUGUAGCCUUCUUUCCAUUUGUAAAAUCUAAAUUUGAUAUUCUAUGUUAUUUUAAGACAAUUUGUAUCGCUAAUGCAAUAUGAUAGAUGAUAACGAGGCUACACUGUAUCUGUGGCAAGAUCAAAGUUUAGUCGAUUUGAGUGAUUAUUUUUUUUUUUUUUUUAUAGAUGUUAAUGCAAACAUCAGUACGUAAUACGAAAACGUAAAGUUAAAAUCGUGAUUAUGCAAUUCAAUGCAAUCUGGAAUAGGCCGCUGCCGUGCGCGUCACAGACGAGAUAAAAUAUCUUUGUCGUGAAGCAUUGCGUAUCUGCCGUGGGAUAAUCUCGAUCGACGAUAAUUAGCUGCGAAAAUUAUCGUGUUCGAUCGUUUUCGAAAUUGCGAUUAUGUUCUGCGAGAUUUCGCGAAUGUGAAAAACAAAAUAACUUUGUACCACUACUGCGUGUCGAUAGUUGUAAGAUUAUUGAUAAUGAUGACAACAAUAAUGCUAUUAUACACUACGAAUAAUAAUUUCUUGUGAUUUUAAAUCUCUGUAUAAAACGUAUAAGGGAAAAAAAAAAGAAUUCAAAAUAUUGUAGUCGAUAGAUCUGUACGGUAGGGAUGAAAAUGAUCCGUGAGAAUGAGAAAGAGAAAGUAAGGGAGAGAAUGAGAGAGGAAGCAUGUGUAUUUCUAAAAGUUAUCAUUUGCAAAGAGUAUUUUUAAAGUAUUUCCAAUUAUUUUUUAGUAUUAUAUAUCAAAAUUCCACCUGAUCCACGCGAGACGGUGGGAAAAUGCGCGCGUACAUAUGAAAUUACUCUUAUGAGACGUAAAUUUUAGCGUUAAAUACGAUGUUCCAAUCUGUUGAUUAAAUACCGUGAAAUAUUGAAA